AAUCAAUCUCUCUCUCUCUCUCUCUCUCUCUCUCUCUCUUUCUCUCUCUUAUCGUCUUAUAUCUGAUCUCCAUUGAUGAAAACUCAGGAGAGAAACUGAUGUUCUUUGCUGGGACGACGACGUAUCACCAUUUCCAGAAAGCUUGAUUUCUUCCCUGCACUUUUCUUUAAAGCUUUGACCUAAAAUGGGUGGCAUCAGUCUCGAAGAGAUCAAGAAUGAGACUGUCGAUCUGGAGAAAAUUCCCAUCGAGGAAGUGUUUCAACAGUUGAAAUGUACGAAAGAGGGUUUGAGUUCAGACGAAGGGGCCAACAGGCUUCAAAUAUUUGGUCCCAACAAAUUGGAAGAGAAAAAGGAAAGCAAGUUACUGAAGUUCCUGGGGUUUAUGUGGAACCCUCUAUCAUGGGUGAUGGAAGCUGCAGCCAUUAUGGCCAUCGCACUGGCUAACGGAGAUGGAAAGCCCCCAGAUUGGCAAGACUUUGUGGGUAUCAUUUGCUUGCUUGUCAUCAACUCAACUAUUAGUUUCAUUGAAGAAAACAAUGCUGGCAAUGCUGCUGCAGCUCUUAUGGCCGGACUUGCUCCCAAAACCAAGGUGCUGAGAGAUGGGCGAUGGAGUGAACAAGAAGCUGCUAUUCUUGUUCCAGGAGAUAUUGUGAGUAUCAAAUUGGGAGACAUUAUCCCUGCAGAUGCCCGUCUUCUUGAAGGCGAUCCUUUAAAGGUUGAUCAAUCCGCCCUUACGGGAGAAUCCCUCCCUGUGACCAAGCACCCCGGGGAUGAAGUUUUCUCGGGUUCUACCUGCAAACAAGGAGAGAUUGAAGCUGUUGUUAUUGCCACUGGGGUUCACACUUUCUUCGGGAAGGCAGCACAUCUUGUAGACAGCACGAACCAAGUCGGGCACUUCCAGAAAGUCCUCACCGCCAUUGGGAACUUCUGUAUAUGCUCCAUUGCUGUGGGCAUGAUAGCUGAGAUUAUCGUGAUGUACCCGAUUCAGCACAGGAAGUAUAGGGAUGGAAUUGACAAUCUGCUCGUGCUCUUGAUCGGUGGCAUCCCGAUUGCCAUGCCCACGGUUUUGUCUGUCACAAUGGCUAUCGGGUCUCACAAGCUGUCCCAGCAGGGUGCCAUCACCAAGAGAAUGACUGCCAUUGAAGAAAUGGCGGGCAUGGAUGUGCUGUGUAGUGACAAGACCGGAACUUUAACUCUUAACAAGCUGAGCGUCGAUAAGAACUUGGUAGAGGUGUUUGCGAAGGGCGUUGAGAAAGACCAUGUGCUCCUUUUUGCUGCUAGAGCUUCCAGGGUUGAAAAUCAGGAUGCCAUUGAUGCUGCCAUGGUUGGAAUGCUUGCUGAUCCAAAGGAGGCACGAGCGGGCAUUACAGAGGUCCACUUCUUGCCAUUUAAUCCAGUAGACAAGAGGACUGCUUUGACAUACAUUGAUGCUCAAGGAAACUGGCACAGGGUUAGCAAAGGAGCUCCCGAGCAGAUUUUGAGUCUUUGCAAUGCUAGGGAGGACUUAAAGAGAAAGGUUCAUUCUGUGAUUGAUAAGUACGCUGAACGUGGGCUGAGGUCGUUGGCUAUAUCGAGACAGGAAGUACCCGAGAGAUCAAAGGAGAGCGAGGGUGGACCGUGGCAAUUCGUUGGAUUGUUACCACUCUUUGACCCUCCCAGGCAUGACAGCGCUGAGACUAUCCGCAGGGCUCUUAACCUCGGUGUAAAUGUUAAAAUGAUUACUGGUGACCAACUUGCGAUUGCUAAGGAGACUGGUCGUAGACUUGGAAUGGGGACUAACAUGUACCCGUCUGCUUCUUUACUCGGUCAAAGCAAAGAUGCUUCCAUUGCAUCCCUCCCAGUAGAGGAAUUGAUCGAAACGGCUGAUGGCUUUGCUGGGGUAUUCCCAGAGCACAAGUACGAAAUAGUGAAGAAGUUGCAGGAGAGGAAGCACAUUGUUGGAAUGACGGGUGAUGGAGUGAACGAUGCUCCGGCUUUAAAGAAGGCAGAUAUCGGGAUUGCAGUGGCCGAUGCCACUGAUGCAGCGAGGGGCGCUUCUGACAUUGUGCUCACUGAGCCCGGGCUUAGCGUUAUCAUUAGUGCAGUGUUGACUAGCAGAGCCAUUUUCCAGAGGAUGAAGAACUACACUAUAUAUGCAGUGUCCAUUACAAUACGUAUUGUGUUUGGUUUCAUGCUUAUUUCCUUGAUUUGGAAGUAUGACUUCUCUGCCUUUAUGGUUCUCAUCAUUGCCAUUCUAAAUGAUGGAACCAUUAUGACAAUCUCGAAGGAUAGAGUAGUGCCAUCCCCGCUGCCAGAUAGUUGGAAACUGAAAGAGAUUUUCGCCACAGGAGUUGUUCUUGGAGGCUACUUGGCUCUGAUGACUGUUAUUUUCUUCUGGAUUAUGCACGACACCGACUUCUUCUCUGAUAAGUUCGGUGUAAGAUCAAUUAGGAACAGCGAUGAGGAAAUGAUGGCUGCGCUAUAUCUUCAAGUGAGUAUUGUGAGCCAGGCUCUGAUUUUUGUGACUCGCUCUCGCAGCUGGUCCUUCGUGGAGCGGCCUGGAAUGCUGCUGCUAGUUGCUUUCCUCAUUGCACAGUUGGUUGCUACUCUGAUUGCGGUGUAUGCCAACUGGGGGUUCGCGAGAAUUCAGGGGUGCGGGUGGGGAUGGGCCGGGGUGAUCUGGCUCUACAGCAUCGUUUUCUAUGUGCCACUCGACAUUAUGAAGUUCGCCACUCGUUACAUCUUGAGUGGGAAGGCCUGGAAUAACCUGCUGGAGAACAAGACUGCCUUCACCACCAAGAAAGACUAUGGCAAAGAGGAGAGGGAAGCUCAAUGGGCUCAUGCUCAGAGAACUUUGCAUGGACUUCAACCGCCCGAGACUUCUAAUGUCUUCACUGAGAAGAACAGCUACCGGGAGCUAUCCGAAAUUGCAGAACAGGCAAAGAGGCGAGCCGAGAUGGCUAGGCUUCGGGAGCUGAAUACACUGAAAGGUCAUGUGGAAUCAGUGGUGAAGCUCAAGGGGUUGGAUAUUGAAACUAUCCAGCAGCACUAUACAGUUUAACUUAAGACACUUCUUUCAACAUAAGAACACAAAUGAAGUUGUUUUUAUCUACAUAAAGUGAGAGCCUUAUGAUAUGUUGUAACCUUUAUGCUUUUACUCAACUUUGUUACCAACUCGAGUAUACCUAUCCCUAUCCACCGACUCUGUUGUGUAAACUUUCAGUCUUUUACUGUGAAAAGAUCAAAUCUUUCACUAAAACACUGCAUUUCAGAAUU